AGCUGGGCCAUGUCGUGUGCUGCGCUAGUAAUUACUCGCGUUGCUGCUGCCUCGACCGCCAAUAGUAUAGGAAGCGUCGCAGCAAGUAAUAAGAAUCUCGCGAUCUCUUCGUCUGUAUAAAAGCCUCCGACGCUCGGUCUGCGGAGACUGUCCAUACUCGCUGUUUCGCGCGACAGCAGCGAAGCGCCGAUCCUGUGCGUACAGAGCCCCCGAGUAGCGCAAGUGCACGCUCGCGUCUCGCGAACAAUCCGAAUAAUGGACGACGCCAUGCUGAGGAAGAUCGCGAAGAUCGUGAACGCGGAGUUCUGUGAGAAGAUUCUCCGGAAAUCGGAGAACGACCCGGGUAUCCAGGUAACCGAUGUUCUCAUCAAGCCAGCCACGAACAAGGGUGACAAUUACACUAGUGAGAUGUUUCGUGUAAAUGCAGAGUUCGCGCGCGCCGGCAAAAACGACGCCGAGAAGAAGACUUUUAUCGUCAAGGUCGAGCCGAUGGACGAAGGUGUGCGCCAAGAUCUGGUAUCAAAAACGAGUCUCUUCUCGACCGAGAUAAUGAUGAUGACGGAGACCCUGGCGAAAAUGAACGAAGUGCUGGGCGGCAAUAGGCCACUCAACGGCCGAGGCUUGUUCACACAAAAGGAGGAUCCGCCGUUACUGGUCAUUGAAGACCUGGCGCCACUCGGUUUCCGCAUGGCCGACCGUCAAGCCGGCCUCGACAUGGACCACUGCUUAUUGGCUAUUCGCGGCUUGGCGAGAUUUCACGCCAGCUCCGUCGCUCUUUGCGAGAAGGAGCCGAGGCAGAAGGAGCUCUACAGCUGCGGGCUCUUCAACAUGAGACAGCCGGUGGAGAUGCAGGCCUUCUUCAUCGAGGGCACCAAGCAGCUGGGUCGCGAGAUCGCCCACUGGCCCGAGCUCGAUUCCAAGUACUCCGACAAGAUCCUCAAGUUGGCCGACAAGGUGUACGAGAAGGGCUCCGUAGUCAGCGUCUGCCGGGAGGACGAGUUCAACGUAAUAAACCACGGUGACUUCUGGGUCAACAACAUGCUGUUCCGGUACAACGAGAAGAACCGACCCGUCGGACACAUUUUCGUGGACUUCCAGAUGUGCGCCUACACCUCGCCGGCGAUAGACCUGCAGUACUUUUUCAACACGAGCCUGGCCGACGACACGCUGCUCGCGCACGAGGACACGCUGCUGCACGAGUACCUGCGAGUCCUGUCGUCGACGAUGUCCGAGGUGGGCUGCAAGACGCCUCCGCCCACGAUGGCCGAGCUCAAGAGGAUGUUGCGCGAGCGCGCGCUCUACGGCAUGGUCGCCUCGUUCACGAUCCUCCCGGUGCUGUUGGUCGACAAGAGCGAAGCCAAGGACCUCGGCGAGAUCAUGGGCGCCGAGGGCGACGCCUACGACAAUCCGGCCUACAAGGGCAAGCUCUACAGGCAGACCAUGGCCAGGAGGCUGCCCAAGUUCGAUGAGAUGGGACUGCUCGACUGAGCGCCGGCUGUAUUUACCACACAACAACUCCCUUCAACAAUUUCGUUCUGUUAUUUGUACACGUUGCAAAAUACACAUGACGUCUGUCUG